AUGUCUGAGACUCCUGUUGUGCCGCGCGGCCAGUUCAGCAUUUCGCUCGAUGACAAUGACAAUGUCAGCGCUAUUACAAGCAGCAUUAAUAAGCUUAGUACUGAGGACAAGGAGAGCACGCACCCGGCAGCUGCUGUGACGGCAGUCAAGCCUGGCACAUCAACAGAUCUGACGGAGAAAGACUCCAAGCCGGAGCCGGAGCGCGAGGUCGAGGUGCGGCUGGCAGACCUGCAGGCAGACCCGAACUCACCGCUGUACUCGGCUAAGACGUUCGAGGAGCUGGGCCUGCAUGCGAAUCUGCUGAAGGGCGUGUACGACAUGGGGUUCACCAAGCCCUCAAAGAUUCAGGAGCGUGCACUGCCGCUGCUGCUGGCCAACCCGCCUCGCAACAUGAUUGGGCAGUCGCAGUCGGGCACCGGCAAGACAGCUGCGUUUGUGCUGACGAUGCUGAGCCGCGUGGACUACGACCUGAACCAGCCGCAGGCACUGUGUCUGGCGCCGUCGCGCGAACUGGCCCGCCAGAUCAUGGACGUGAUCCAGCAGAUGGGCAAGUACACGCCGAUGAAGGCUGUAUUUGCCAUCAAGGACUCGGUGGGCAAGGGCGAAACAAUCGACGCGCACAUUGUGGUUGGCACACCUGGAACUGUGAGCGACCUGCUGCGCAAGCGCUCGCUGUCGCUGAGGAGCAUGAAGCUGUUUGUGCUGGACGAGGCAGACAACAUGCUGGACCAGCAGGGACUCGGUGACCAGAGUCUGCGUGUCAAGAACAGCAUCCCGAAGGACUGCCAGGUCGUGCUGUUCUCGGCGACGUUCCCGGAGAAGGUGCGCACGUUUGCUAACCGCUUUGCUCCCCAGGCCAACGAGAUCCGGCUCAAGGCAACCGAGUUGACGGUCGACGGCAUUAAGCAGUUCUACAUGGACUGCAAGUCGGUCGAGCAUAAGGUCGAGGUGCUGGCCGAGCUGUACUCGCUGAUGACGAUCGGGCAGAGCAUCAUUUUUGUCAAGACGCGCCACACCGCCGAGCGCAUCGCCGCGCGCAUGACCAAGGACGGGCAUUCUGUCGUUUAUCUGCACGGCAAGCUCGAGUCGGAGCAGCGCGACAAGGUUAUGGACGAUUUCCGCGACGGCAAGAUCAAGGUUCUGAUCACCACCAACGUCAUUGCGCGCGGCAUCGACAUCAUGCAGGUCAAUUUGGUUAUCAACUACGACAUCCCGACAGACGGCAACGACCGCCCCGACCCCGAGACGUAUCUGCACCGCAUCGGCCGCACUGGGCGCUUCGGCCGCACGGGAGCCAGCGUCAACUUUACCCACGACGAGGAGAGCUACGAGAAGAUGAAGGCCAUCCAGGACACGCUUGGCUGUGACAUCAUCAAGGUCCCCACCGAUGACUGGGAGGACGCGCGCAAGAUCCUGAAGAAGGCGCUCAGGUAA